CGGACGAUAUUGCUACAAAUCAUACAAAGCCAAGUUUAAAUAGUGAGGAGACAAUCUUUUUUCGGAUGAACUUUCGUUUACAGAAGACCGGUCAAGCAAAACGAUCGUGAUACACGCAUACCGUGACUGACUCAAUCGAGAUGGCGCACUUUAAUCAUUGUUUCCGGGUAGCUUUUCUCGCUGUACUUUUUCCACUGACUUCAGGUGAGUACCAUACAAUCUUAAAUCAAUUAGAAAGGUUUAUUUUAUUUUAAAAUUUACAUUCAGGGUACUUUUGUGGGAGAUUUCUUUCAGUCGUGAGUAGUGUAGCCGUACGGUCACAGGUUAAUCCUCAUUGCGAACAGAAUCAAUAUCAGAAAGAAACGAGGGUCCCUCGGGAUUCGUUGUUUUUUCGUAAUUAAAAUGUCAUCUUAAAAGAAUAGUACGGUUAAGAAUCUACCUGUUUUUACAUCAAGCUCAAUUCCUGUUUCAACGAAUAAAUUGAGUGGUAACAUCUGCAUCAAUUUCAGGUUAAAGCAUUCUUGGAAUUUAUUUCACCUUUCCUAUCUACUGAAAGCUUUGAAUUUGGACCAGUCUAAUACAUAUCUACCUUGCGCUCCCAAAAUUGUGCAUUUACACUGAAAGUCAACUUCUCCUUGCUCCAAGGAAGGGCUAACGACCCAGGCUUCUCGAAUUCGCUGUAGCAAUUUAUUUUUCUUUGAUGCAGCACAUCAGUUUUUCGAAACGUAAAUCUUUCCUCAUUUUCUUUAAAAAUGGACACCGUCAAAAAUGAGACCCGAUGUAUUUCCAUUUGCAGUUUUAAUGAUCAGAUUUAGAUUUCCUCCAAAUUUGUAAUCAAAUUGAUAAAUAUUUUUAGAGGCAGACCAGCUCUAAUUGUCCCUAUUUGUGACAUGGAUUUUGCACAACACAUACCUUAUAGAGAGAUUCAAGACAUGCAUAUGUCUCUCACAUCCAACCAUUCUUCAAUGUUACUAUGAUUAUUAUAACUGUGUUAUAGUGCAAAUGUAAAUUUUGUUUCUGUAGGAGCCUGUGUUGAUUUAGAUCUUGGAAUGGGAAGUAGAACUAUUCCAGAUAGUAAAAUAACUGCUUCUUCAGUACAAAGUGUCAGCACACCAGCCAAGAAUGGUAGACUGAACUUCACAUCAGGUUCAUCAUGGUGUGCAGGAACAAGUGACACUAACCCAUAUCUACAGAUUGAUCUACAGACACUUCAUAUCAUCUGUGCUGUGUCUACUCAAGGGAAUUCUCAAGCAGAUCAGUGGGUGAAGAACUACACGCUACAAUUAUCUACAAAUGGGAUAACUUGGACAGACUAUAUGGAAUUCAGUGGGCAGGUUAAGGUAUGCCACAUGGGCUUGUUGAGAAUUAUAUGAUAUCUUGCCUCAAUCACUGUUCCUGAGUUUUGACAAUGUUGAUGCAUUUAUAUCAAAAUGGCCACCAAAGGAGUUAUAGGUAUGCAGAGGAUUAUUUGAACUAUGAACAUUCAACAAGUAUUCUCCUCAUGCUCAGUAAAUAUCAUGAAUUUUGAGUAAUUAUUUUUCAUUCAGCAAAUUAUAUUUUGCAUGCCUGAAUUUGAAGUCAAGGUUGCAUAAAGAAUACAAGGGAGAAAUGGACAGGGAAUCUAACAAAUUGUUUUGAACUAUGUUAUUGCACGAAAUAUUUAUGGUACAAAAAAGGUUGUCAAAGGAGUGCAGAACAAAUGAUAUCUAAUUGCUGAGAGAUUGCUGCUCUCAAUCCAAGAAGUAAUAAAAAUUGAUUGUCACAGGUAAACUGCAGUUGUAGAAAUUAGCUAGAGUUCACCUUCAAGGGUCAGUGUGCUAUUUUUUAUAAUCCAAUGGUCAAAUUAUGAUCUAUUCAUGUAUGCUUAGUCCAGUGGGCCUCUUCCCUAAAUGUCGGGCCUUAUUCCUACACCUACAUUUAUAUUUCUCUGUUUUUAUGAAGAUUAACUGAGCCACCCAGCCCAACCAUUGUGACAACAAUAAAAGUAUUUCCUGUCAUAAAACAAGAGGGAUGAUUACUUUCACCAGGAUGAAGAGUUACAAUUAUAGUUACAUUUUACAAUCUACCUGGAACUCUAUGAUGAGUUAUGAUUAUUUUCCUAAGGUUUUAGAGGGAAAUAAGGAUAGAAACUCAAAUGUCAAACAUGUUCUAUAUGGAGUGUUAACAAGAUAUUUGCGAUUCCUGCCACAAACACACCAGGGUGAGGUGUGUAUGAGAACAGAGGUGUUUGGAGUGAAACAGAAGCCAAGUAAGUUUAGAAACUUUUGUGUAAUGUUGCACACAUCCUCAAUUUGAUCCUUACAUAUUACAGUUAUCUGUGGUAGUUUGUUUAUCUAUAAACAAAGGUGACCUUCUACGGGAAAACGUACACUAACGGCUUUUCGUUAAUCGGGUGAAACGCACGUCUACCAAACGGGUAACUCAUCCGUUCGAACGGAUGCUAUCAAACGGAUGCUAUCGAACGGCUGAACGAGUUAUCAAGUAUUCCGAACGGCUUGUGUAAAUUCUUGAACGGGUUACCCAAACGACUACACGGCUUGUGAAAAUAAUCGAACGGGUAACGCAAACGACUGCACGGCUUGUGAAAAUUUUCGAACGGGUUGACACAGAAGGAUGAAUGUAUUUACGAUUAAUUUCAUGAGAAGCAAUUGCCGUAAGAGCCGAACGGAUAGGUUAUCAUUCCGAACGAAUGGACAGAGCCGGUCCGAUUCACGUUUAAGUAGGUUCGAACGGAUAGUCAACUGCUCUGAUGUAAUAAAAUAUUGACUUCCCACAGCCGCUAGAAAAUUGCCUGACGAAGUAUUCAAGUUUGUUAAACAGAAACUUAGUUCAGCGUCUUCUAUUAAUUAAAAGCAAACCUCGAAUAACCUGUGAAGGUCAAGUUGUCAUUAUUUAUCUUUGCCGUGUCGAGUGUUUGUUGCCGCUUUAUUGCACAAAAACGCGACUGCAACUUUUUUCUAGCAGCUUUGCAUGUUGCCAAAUUGUUCCCUAUAUCUUUUCUUUCGACAGUGAAUUCGAUGCGGUAAACAUAACUAUUCCGCGCACGAUUCCAUUUCUGGUGUUACUAUAAUACAAUCUCGCGACAUUUGCGUAAAGCGGAUCUGUGUGACAGGUAAUGCAACACUAUAGAAUCCUGAGGUAAGUACUAAAACGAGGGGAGUUACUACAUCACGGGCGACGAGCGGGGAUAGAAAAAACGACCCAAAUAUGAGCGGUCAGCGGUGAAACAGCUUUUAUACUUCAUAUAGAGACAUAUAAUUUGUUGUUCCAGAGACAAUCGUGUUGUAAAGCCGAAAUGUUAACAGUUUACUUCACAGUUUAAGCAAUUUUUCAAAAGUGUUGAUUGAACUCAUAUCUUUUACUGCUUUAAUAAACAAUGGAGGCUUCGGAGAGGGAGUCAGUGGCAUUUGGAAAGGCACCAAGAAUAAUUAUGUAUAUGGUUUGUAGCUAGCUCGACCUCGUAAAGCAAAACAUAACUAACCUUUCUGAGGUGCAAAGGUCUCUUGAUAAAUAUGUUCGGGAGGAUCUAUUUUUCGGCCAUCCCGAGGAACGAAGGCCAAAGAAAACAAAUAGGCGAUACUACCCUUGUCGCCAGGACUUGCGAAACCACAUUGCCAAGGCGAUUUCAGCAGUGAAGUAUUGCGAUGACGACCAAGAAGCAUUGGGUAAAAAAAUAGAAGAUUGGCAAACUAAGUCUCCCAAAAGCAACUUCUUUUACCGUACCAGAGACGCUGUCAUUAACGAAAAAGAUGAACCAAGACCUAGAUCUCCUGAGGAAACCUUCCUCUUUGUACAUCAAGAGCCAUGGCAACAACGAAUGCUUGAAAGAUAUGGUAGUGAACUGGCCCUGAUGGACGCCAAGUACAAAACGACAAGGUACGCAAUUCCAUUUUUUUUCGUUUGUGUACAUACCAACGUGGGAUACAAGGUUGUGGCUGAAUUCAUAUGUCAGUCCGAAGAUCAAGCCUCUAUAAGUGAAGCACUUGCCAUAAUCAAGGGAUGGAACCCAGCGUGGAAUCCGGCGUACUUCAUGGUGGAUUAUUCCAAUGCAGAAAUCGCUGCCCUCGAACAACAAUUCCCCAAAAGUUUGGUGUACAUUUGUGAUUUCCACAGAUUACAAGCAAUGCACCGCUGGUCCAAGUCAAAGAAGAAUGGCCUUUCGUCUGCUGAGCAAGAGAUAUUUUUAGAGCUUAUGAAGAGCAUCACCUAUGCUAGCACAGUUGACAAAUUCGAAAAGCGAGUGAAUGCCUUGAAAGAAUCCCGGCUUUAUAAAGAAAAACCAAAUGUUCAGAACUAUCUAAACAACACGUGGCUAUCAUGCCAAGUUCGUUGGGCACAGGCUUUUCGAAAGCAGCAGGUGACAAACAUAGUUAACACCAAUAACGGCACUGAGGCGCAAAACAAGCUGUUCAAGUACGAAUAUCUGCCGAGAUCAGUUGACAAAUCGGUUUAUGGCAUUGCAACGAUGCUGGUAGAAUCGUUCAUUCCUGACUCGCACAGAAGAUAUUUGGAAAAGAACCUCAAGUUCAGCGAUGCCUAUGGAAGAUAUCAUUCUAGAAUACCGACUUAUCUUCACAACCGACCACCACAGUUUGUUAAACACUGUUUGGACAGUAGAUUUGCCGCUGGUGAAUUCACUGAAGCCGACAUCUCAUCCGUAAACUUUCAGAAAGGCCAAUUCAGCGUGAAAAGCGCAGCCAACGUAAACAAAAAGGAGCUAGUGGAUUUUUCCUAUCCUAGUUGCACCUGUACCUCCUGGAAAAAAAGUAAUUACCCUUGCAAACAUUUCUUUGCAGUGUUUGCCCGCUACUCUCAGUGGCGAUUUGAAUCUCUACCCCAUCAGUACAGGAGCAGUGUCUUCAUCUCUCUUGAUCUGGAUCAUUUGAUUAUAAAUAAGCAUGACAGUAAUGUACAGAAUUGACAUACUUAUGUAAUUGCUGUAUUUUGUUUGACUCUGCAGUGCCGUUGCUGAUCUCAAAACGGGAUGGAAUUGCAAGUCAUGGCUAUGUGUUGAACCACUACAUUACACACAGACCGAUAGCUAUAACUGUGGUGUGAUUGUAUGUCUUGUGAGUAGCAUAAUCACUUGCUAAAGCUCACUUUAAUAGGACUGCUUCCUGGUUUCGAAUGUAUUAAAUUUCUCUUUGUUUGUUUUAAGUUUGCUCGGUGUUUGUGUGAGGGGUUGGAUAUCAAUGGAAGUUACGAUGUGGACAUGGAAAGGGAAAGAAUAACGUCUGUCAUAUUUGGCUCGUGUUAUGAUGACCUUGAUUGGUAAGUUUUGAUGGUGUCAAAUACCAUUGUUUCUUAAACGCCGCAACACUCUCUUUGACGUCCCAUAUCUUUUGUUCAAUUAUAGGAGAAAUACCGCGGUCUGUAAGAUUUGCAGAGACGACGAUGGAGAGGAUUGGCUUGGGUGCGAUAGCUGCGGCCAGUUUUUCCAUGCAAGUUGUCUGGAUGUGCCUUUCGCGGAGACGCUUACGCAACAUUUCACCUGCCCUUAGGGUGGCUUCUUGUCAGCACAAGUAGAGUUUAAAUUUUAAAGCUGACUAUAACAACAAACCAGAUGAUGAACUUAAUGUCAUGUACAGACCUUAAUUUGCAAGAUAAGAAAUACAGUCCUUGGUAGUCAAUUAAGAUAGAUUUUCACGAGCGUCAAUGGUGCAGAAUCGUAACUUGAUGGAGCCAACAGUGGACAACAUCCCAGAAUUCAAACUUUGUGAUUUUUUUCUCGGCUUAAACGCUAAGUCAGUUGUUCAAUUGAAUAGGAAGAAAAACAUUUCGAACGGAAAACAGCAUUAUUUGCACGUGAGGAUCUUUUGAGAAAAGGUCUCCUUAACGAGUGGUCUUGAUUGUAAAUAUUUAAGGAAUGGUAAAUACAUUAGCCUUAACAUGGCUGUUUCUCGAACCUCAGUGUUUUCCUACUUGCCUUUUUUUUCCCCUUGAAUUGGGGGCGAUUGAAUAGAUAUAAUAUGCAAUAAAAGAACUUCAGCUGAUAGAAAUUUUAAAUUUCUCAUCUUAGGCUGUGGAUACAAAAUUCAAGUGAAAAGGAAGCCAACUGUGAUUAAUGCUUUGAACAAGUCAAGAUACGUUUUUUCGUCACACAACAAGUUACAUAACGUGAAUAUCAUUCUUCUUGAUGCCUUUCCCGGUGUCACCAAUGCCUUUCCCAAUGCCUCCGUUGGUUAAUAGAGCAUUAAAAGUAUUGUUCCAGUUAAAGCUUGAGGAAAAUUGCUUAACUUUUUAAGUAGCGAAGUGUAACUUGGUAACAUUUCGGCUUUACAACACGAUUGUUUUCAGCAACUACAAAACGUACAUUUAAUUCUUCUUGGUACCUUUCGGAUGCCACCGAUGCCUUCAUUGUUUAUUAAAGCAGUAAAAGAUAUAUGUACAAUCAACACUUUUGAAUUGCUUAACAUUUUAUUUAGCGAAGUAAACUGUUUACACUUCGGCUUUACAACACGAUUGUUUCCUGAUACUACAAAUGAUCUGUCUAUAUAUGACGUAUGAAAGUUGUUUCACCGCUGACCACUCGUAUUUGGGUCGUUUUUUCUAUUCCCGCUCGUCGCCCGUGAUGUAGUAACUCCCUAAAACGAGGAACGACCUAAAACCACCUAAAACCACCUAAAACCACCUAAAACCACCUACAACCACCUCAAAAAUUUCAACAACCACCUACAACCACCUCAAAAACAUCUACAACCACUCGCAAACUAUCUAAAACCAUCUAACACAAGGCAUAAAUGUCUAAAAUAAGGCGAAACGACAACAUGUCACGUACACGAAAUACGAGAAUCGAACGAAACCUCUACCUUCCCCUGAAAUCUUACUCUCCCUGGUCCCAUGUAUAAUCAACCCUCUCACGAAAUGAAAUGCGAUAGCAUGCUAAUUAUUUUAUAUUCCCUCAGCAAAAGACUUAAAGAACUUUACAAAAUGAACUAACAAGUUACAAAAAAUAAUAAAUAAGGAAUAAUACAUGGGCGCGCGUAGAUAUGGAAUUAAUCAUCGAGUGUUUAACUCGAUAGCUCACGAGUGAGCGCAGUGAACGAGUGAGAUGUCGAGUUGAACACGAGAAGAGAAAUUCCAUAUUUACAAGCAACCAUGUAUUAUUUUGUUUAUCAUAUAAACACAAUAGCCCUUUUCUGGGAAGAAAAUCCGACCUCAUUAAUGAAUGCAAAUAAAUGAAUCGACAAUCCUCGAACAACAAUCGUAGAGUGCGUUGGCGCUGACUCUUAAGAUGGAAAAUGCUUUGAAUCAUGAUUACAAAAACUUCCAUACAUACGCGCGCCUAUGUAUAAUUCCCAAUGUAUUAUUUUUUGUAACAUGUUACUUCAUUUUGUAAAGUUCUUCAAGUCUUUUGCUGAGGGAAUAUAAAAUAAUUAACAUGUACGUUCGUGUACGUGACAUGUUGUCGUUUCGCCUUAUUUUAGACAUUUAUGCCUUGUGUUAGAUGGUUUUAGAUAGUUUGCGAGUGGUUUUAGAUGUUUUUGAGGUGGUUGUAGGUGGUUGUUGAAAUUUUUGAGGUGGUUGUAGAUGGUUGUAGGUGGUUUUAGGUCGUUCCUUGUUUUAGUACUUACGGGAAUCCUGAACCUUCCAAACGGAUGAUACAAGUCGUUUGACGGAAAAUAGUCCAAGUCGUUCGAACGGGCUGAUGUUUUUGACGAACGGGCUGAUGUUUUUGACGAAAGGGCUGAUGUUUUUGACGAACGGGUGACCAAGCCGGUCGAACGGAUGGAUGUCUUCUAUGCCAGCGCGGGUCCGAAAUCCAAAACACCCAUUUGACUUGAACAGAUUAUCAUAGCUUUAAUCACAAAUCCACACGCGUAAUACAUCUCCAAAUCGCUUAAGAAGUGAAUCUGUCAAACUAGAUAUACAGAUGUACAGUUGGUAUACAGAAAACUGGAAAACGGCAAGAAGAAAGGUAAAAACUUACGCCUUUCCGGGCUCUAGCAUCGGACCGCGUGGUCAAUAACAUAACAAAACUAGCGCGCAUGAGCAGAAAUCCGCGACGCAUACAUAACGUAAAAAAGGGCGGAACACGGGUGCCGCUACAUCUUCGACGAAUGGAUGACCAAGCCGUCGAACGGGCUGAUGUUUCCGAGAACGGAUGACAAAGCCGUUCGAACGAGCUGAUGUUUUCGACGAACGGAUGAUCAAGCCGGUCGAACGGAUGGAUGUUUCUAUCGAACGGAUGACCGAAGCCGUUCAAACAGAUGCAAAUUUUUCUGAACGGCUGACAAACGGCUAGUGAACGGAAAGCCGUUUGAAAACGGACGUUUUCCCGUGGUAGGUCACAAUUUAAGAGCCCAUGACUGUAAAUAUCGAGAAUCGCUGGCCAGGCUAAAAAAAUCGAAAAUUCUGAUAAUUUGCCUGGAAAACCCUUUUAGGGAGAUGUAUUUAAAAAAAUAUUUCGAAGUUUGAAAAAUCAAAUGUUUCCGAGGAAAUGGGGAAAAACGAAAAUUUGGGUUUCUACCCAAUUAAUUAUGCCAAAAAUACAGUAACAUUGACCAACUUUAGUGUGCGAGUACUGAAGGAGGAUGUUUGGUAAGAAAUCGGGGGUGUUUUUACUUCAAAGUAUAAUUCAUUUGAUUUUUAUUUGUGGCAUUUUAAGGAGCUUUGGUUUAAUUUUAAAAUUCAUAUGAUUUUUUAACAAAGUGCUGUCAAACGCUUGUUGCAAAAAGUGAAAAAUCGAGCAACUUCAAGCCUUCAAAACGCGUCUUGGCAUGUGAGAAAUCAUAUCAAACUACAUGCUGGCACAAAGUUUGGUCCUUAUAUGAAAAUAAUAUGAAAUAAAAAAUCUGCGUAAUUAAGAAAAGUGCCGGCAAAAUAAAAGAGUUUGCAACGCACUGUGGCCAAGGUCAAGAAUUUGCGUGAUGCAAAUCAGUUGUAGAAAUCGUACUUGAGAGCUACGAAGUAAACAAGAUAGUUAAAGAUGGUUAAAAAACUCUUUGAUAUGGAAAUGAUAUGAAAUUAUAGAAUAAAAAAUCGGCAGACAUUGCUGAAGAGGGCUGUAAAUUGAUGUGUAGAUACGAACUUUUCUGUUAAUUUGAAUUGCAGAAGACUGUUAUUGUCGACUCGCAAUUUCAACAGCACUACCUACACCUAACUAUAGAUAAGGGCCGCUGUAUAGUUCACCAUUUUUGUCGACAAGUGGUUUAUUAUCGACAUAAUUCUUAGUUGAAUAGUUACGUUUUCUGCAACUGCGACAAUAUUUCUUUUGAAAUAUCUUGGAUAUCUUGGAAAAAGUUACGUGAGUAAACAAAGUCACGCAACACCGCAAGCUUCUGCUGUGGAGUUUUUCACCUCAAGAUAACAGCCCAACCAUUUUUAUGCUAUUUACUCUUAUCUUUUUUGGAAAAAUGGCCACAUUUCUGUCAUAAAACUUGAUAAAAAGGACUUGUGUCACGGCAGCAAUUAUACCGUGUUGCAGUCCGGUGUGACGAUAGUGUUUCUCUCGCCCAAGCUGGAGGACUGAAUCUUCGCGACGGAACAAUAACAACUGGGGGAAAUAACUCUGUAGAGACGACUUGGCAGCGAGAACGGAAACUCGUCACGAUUUCCUGGUACACGGAGAUCUGCUUCGAGCGAGCUUAUACGGACGUCAAGGAUAAGACAAUCUUUGGUUCCACAGUACUUUUAUUCUAGGUCAGGCCAACAAGCGACAUGACCUCUAGCAUACUCUAGUUUGUAAUCAUCAAAGCUGUACAAGGUACUUGCUUAAGAAGUAACUGGUGUGAAGUGCUAUUGUUACACAAAUCGCAAUAUUUGAAUAAGGACACAAAGGAGCGGAAAAAGUCUCUUUGAAGUUAAACGAAAACUACUUAAAUAUUCCAUCUGUUUCUACGACGGAAAGAAUCUCAAAAUUAAAAAGACGGAUGCAAUAAACUCUAGGCCAUUAAAGUAGGAAACCUAGGUGCGAUUUUACAGCUCUGAUAUAUAAAACAAUACCUGUCUUAAUUGCAGUAACGCAGCUCAGGAAAUAAAAAAACGGAAAAGCAAUUAAAGUUUCUGCUUAUUUAUGAAAGGUUGGUUUGGAAACCAUCGCAUGAAAAGAAAUUAAAUUUACGAGUAUAAACUCAGCUGCUAUCUACCAUGAAAACCAAUGUUUCCAGAAAGACCAUUAACACUUAUAUUUACCUAAAAAAAACCAUGUAAUAAAUAACUAAAGUGCCGACAAGCAGGUACAUAUGAUGAAAGCGAGUAACAACAAAAAUCUAUUCAAAAGCUACUGUGGUUUUUAUGCAUUUUUUGAUUUAUUGAAAUGAAAGGACUUGAAAUGGUUAAAUGUGAAAGUUUACGAAUAAAUAUGUUCCGAAUAACACACACGGGAAAAUCAGUAAAUUUUCCCGUAACAACCGUGUUGCAGUCCGGGCGAUAAUUCUCUAUGAUGCAAUCACGGUCUUUUUCUUAAAGGUAAACACGUGCGAGGUUUUUCAUAGAGCAUAAAUAGAAAACGAUGUCAUUCUGUAGCUUUGCUUCUCUUCUUGGGGGGGCUUGUGGUGCAAGUUCUGAAAAUCCAAACAUGGCUGACUUUGUCAAAUUGAAAGACUGUACUAGGGAUCAAGUGUUUCCAUGUCCAAAAGAGGGCUGCACGCAUAAUUUCCAACGGCACUCUUCUCUAGAAAAGUAUCUCGCGUUCAGAACAAGCACAAAGACGGUUGAAAGGAAGACACUUCUUGGUAAAGCGAAGUUAAAUAUACUGCAAGGCUCGAGGAAGGUUCAAGUUCCGUGCCAACCAUUCCUCUACCGCCUGAAACCUGUCCUCGUAGCACUGGAUAUGCAACACUGCCUGAAGGCUUCGCUUUAAAACAAGUAAAGAAAGUUUACCGGUUUAACGAAAAGCAACGAGAGUACCUGACUUACCAUCGGACAAGAAAGCGGCAAGAAGGUCGACGCAGAAAUUGUUGCAACAGAAAUGAGAAGAGCAAAGGAAUUGAACGGGGAGCGCUUGUUCAGUGUCUCUGAGUUUUUUUUAUUUAACAAGUAGCUUCAUUUUUUUCCAGAAUGACAGCAAAAGUGAAACAGCAGACAGCCCCCUGCGCAUAAGCUGUAACUGAGCAAGAUCUCGUUGCUAUGGAGGAAGAAUUUAAUUUGUCAAUUGCUAAGGAGUCUAUUUUUGAGCAGUUAAAUGUAACUCAUUCUAUUCAUUACCAACAGUACAACUGUUCCAUGGUCGAGAAUAACACACUCAAAAAUCUCGAACUCGCAGUCUUAAAACUCCUUUGCGAGAGUUUCAAUCUUGCAUUACCACCUGGGGUUGAUCAUAGAAAAAAGACAUCUUACGUCGCUCUGCUCGAAGACCUUGCUAGAUGCUGCUCUUGCAGUGCAGUUUAAAAGGCAAACGGCAAAAGGCUGCUUCAAAAAAUUGAGUUCUAUAUGAACGUUGAUAUAAAACGGGGGCCAUAGAGCAUAUUUUGGAUCGGAGGAGCUAUUGCAGUUCCCACCUACUGUGAACUCAUUGGCACCAACUUAUAAUUAUCUAUGAGGGCCCUGGGGCCUCCCCUCCGAGGAGGGCUUCCUUUUGUUUGUUUCUUAGUACGCCUUUCUCAGUGCAGAAAGACUGCUGACAGGGUAUCCUGGGGUAUGCUUCCCCGGCAAAUUUUGAAAUCUAGAGCUUCUGAAAUCACCGGAAACGCGUUUCAAUCCAAAGAAAAAUUUGUCAAAUUUUUAAUUCAAAGAUUAAAAUAAAUAAUAAUGAUAACAACACAUUGUUCUUGGUGGGGCUACAGCCCACUCAACCCCAUAGCUCCGCGGUCCCCGUAUUAAAGGCGCAAACCGGAAAUAAAAAAAGUCCCCUUCGAACCGCACUUGGCAGUCAGACAGGAUCAGGCCGGCUGGAUGUUGUUCGAUAUAGACUCAUAAAAGAAUUUAUACAAAUAAUAUAAAACGAGAUAUAUAGGACCGGAUGCUUUCGAAUGGAGUUUUGACGAAAAAAGGAUUGUAUCUGCUUUACUCGGCAACUUCACCUCUGAUCCAACGUGACAAUUGUCACGCAAUUGAAACAUUUUGCUUUUCGUCAAGACAGUUACGAGAAAUUAAACAAAAAACUCAUUGGCUUAAAAAACGAAUUAAACGCUAUUAAAUGCUGGUCAUUAUUCUUGUAAAUUUCAUGUUGUAUCCGUCAACAGGGCCUUUCCUACACCAGAACCGUCAGGCGGUACGAUUUCUACAACUGAUUUGCAUCAUGCAAAUUCGUAACCUCUGGCCACAGUGCGUCGCAAACCUUUAUGUUUUGCCUGCACAUUUCUGAAUUACCCAGAUUUUUUACUUCAUAUUGUGUUAGUAUAAGGACCAAACUCUGUGCCAGCAUGUAGUUUGACAUGAUGUCAUACAUACUAAGACGCGUUUUGAAGGCUUGAAGUUGCUCGAUUUUUCGCUUUUUGCAACAAGCGUUUGACAGCGCUUUGUUAAAAAAUCAUGUGAAUUUUAAAAUUAAACCAAAGCUCCUUAAAAUGCCACAAAUAAAAAUCAAAUGAAUUAUACAUUGAAGUAAAAACACCCCCGAUUUCUUACCAAACAUCCUCCUUCAGUACUCGCACACUAAAGUUGGUCAAUUUUACUGUAUUUUUUGCAUAAUUAAUAAGGUAAAAACCCGAAUUUUCGUUUUUCCCCAUUUCCUCGGACACAUUUCAUUUUUCAAACUUUGAAAUAAUUUUUUUGAAUAUAUCUCCCUAAAAGUGUUUUCCAGGCAAAUUAUCAGAAUUUUCGAUUUUUUUAGCCUGGCCAACGAUUCUCGAUAUUUACAGUCACGGCCUCUUAAGGUUCUAAAUUUAGUGGCCAUUUUAAUUUAUUAUGUUGAUAAUUGUUAUUUGGAUUAGUACAUGUAGCUUUGAUGAUACAAAUCGCUCUUUGAACACUCAGGCAUAGCAACUAACCCACACUGUAUAAGCUGAAACUUGCACUCUUAAUAACACUCAUUAAUUUAAAACUUCCAAGUGAUAGGAUGAAGCAAUUUGUGUUUGAUGUUUAGUGGUGGAUUGUCAAGGCUCUUAGCGUUAUGAGCUGAAGAUUGCAAGAGAAAAUUCAAUUACCACAAAUGGAGUUCCUCAUGUCACAGCUUCACUUCUGUUACAAUCAAAGUCAGAAACGUUAGGGAUCCAUUCUGGGCAAUCGCUUCAUUUGAGCAGCCGCACAGCAUAUCAUAUGUAAUGAUAGCUGUUUGCAGCAUUCACUUGGUUAUUUCCAAACAGUUAAUUAUGGCUUCAUCACUAUUUUUCCAUCGCUCUUUUUCUGUAUUUCUGCAAUUAUUUCCUACAGAUUGUUUAGAAGUGUAUUCAAUGAAUUACACAAAAAACAUACAUGUGAUAUUUAGGAUGGGAAGGUUAACUUUAGAAUUGUUACCUUGCAGCAUGUGAUUCACAGGCAAUUGGUUUGGCCAGUGGUGGUAGAAUUCCAGAUAGCAGCUUCUCAGCCAGUUCAAUAUUUAGAGCCACAUAUGCAGCUAAAUAUGGUCGUCUUAAUGGGAGACGGGCAUGGGAACCUAAGACUAAUGAUCUUGAUGACUACCUACAAAUUGACCUUCUCUAUGAGUAUGUUAUCUGUGCUGUUGCUACUCAAGGAAAUCCACCAACCCAAUCAAUAGGGGCUCAAGAAUGGACCACAGAGUACAAACUGAGAUUUUCACUCAACGGUACCACCUUUCUCCCUUAUAAAGAAAACAAACUUGACAAGGUUGGUAUGGCAUGCUCAUAUAUACAAGUAUUUACAACAGCGAAAAUUAGUACUUGUGUUACAAAACUACUGAUUUUCAUUUUGCAAAUUACAGAUGUCAUUUUCCAAAUUCAAGUUGCAGGUUUUAAUUGAUCUCAUUUCACAAAUUACAGUAAACCAUUAACUAUGCCAAGUUUCAAUACGUUGAUAUCACUUUUUGUUUAACAGGCCUUUCCAGGAAAUUCAGGAAAAACUGACACAGUGAAAAACAGUCUAAAGGAAUUUGCAAGUGCAAAGUUUAUACGCUUUUUGCCAACAAAGUAUAAUAGGUUCAAGGUUUUGAGAGUGGAGGCCUAUGGAAUACUUUUCACUAAAGGUAUUUAUUUGUUCUCAUUUUUGUCCCGCUGAUCCAAACUGAAGUCACAAUAACAAUGGAGAAAUUAAGGUGAAAUUGGACAAUUUACAGAACAGUAAUGAUUGUAGUUAUACAAAAGUAUGAAUGGCUCCCACAGCUAGCUUUUGGAAAAGAAAGAUACAGUUUAACUUUGUUACAUAAUUAUGUGGUGGACUGGACUAUUGUACCAUGAAUGGCAAUGAAGUUCUGCACUGUUAAAUGAAUUGUUGUCAGCAGGAAAGUUAAAUAGCUUUUUAAAAUUCAGAUAUCAUUGAUAAAUUUCACAUCAAUUACCAUCUCAGCAUGGAGGCAUACAUUGUACAUAUCUUUAAUAUCCUUAUUUCAGUUCCAUCAAAACCUCCUACUGCCUUCAAGUUGACUGCAAGAUCUUCUACCAGCAUUACAGCUUCCUGGCAAUCACCACCAGUCUUUGCCAGACAUGGAAGAAAAAUAACAGGUUUUAAACUGUUCUACAAAAAGAAAGGUGGUGGGUCAGCAACAGCAUUGUUAAUUGGCAGCGGAUCAAUAUUAAGUAGAAAUGUCACUGGGCUUGAUAAGUUCACAGAAUAUGAAUUUCAGGUGUUGGCACUCACUUCUGAUGGUGAUGGACCAAAGAGCCCUGUUGAGGUGGAGAGAACAAAGGAAGCUGGUAUGUGAUAGGUGAAGGUGAAGGUGAAGGAUAAAAGAUUAUGACAAUUUUUGAUGAAAUAAAUUUCAUUAGACCUGCAAGGAGAGAAGCCAUCCCUCCAUAUGGGCUGCAAUUGUAAGAAAUUGCAGAAGAGAAACCAGAAAAAAUUCAGGCCUCCACGGAACUUGAACCCAUACAUCUCAGAUACUAGAUGGGUGUUACUACCAACUGAGGUAUCAAGCCACACAUUGGGAGCCAGACAAUAGAUAGAAGGUUCUUUGUUUGGCAGUAACAUUUAGGGGGACCAGUUAUAGGCAUUAAGUUCCACAUCUUUCCAAUUGCAGCUCCAUCAAAAGCCCCAAGCAGCUUCAGGGUGACUGCAGUUACUUCUACAAUUAUCACAGCAUCCUGGCAGUUACCACCAGCAGACUCCAGAAAUGGAAUAAUUAUAGGAUUCAAAUUGUUUUACAAAAAGAGAGGGUCUGGUGGACGAGCAACCACCUUGACCAUUAAGAAUGGAACAGCAUUAAGUAAAGAUGUCGCUGGGCUUGAUAUUUACACAGAAUAUGAAUUUGAAGUGUUGGCCUUUACUUCAGUUGGUGAUGGACCAAGGAGUUCUCCUUUAGUGGUGGUGAGAACCAUGAAAGAUGGUAAGAAUUGUAAAGCAAUGUUCAAGUCUUUUUUAACUUAGUCUGCAUGGUGUAGCAACAGCAAAAAAACCUAUGAGCUGAUUGUUUAUGAGAAAGUAUAUUCUAACAGAACUUUCAUGUUUUAUUGCAUGAUUUGAACUUUCCCAGUUUUUAUAAGUACUUUUGCAGUAACCAAGGUGGCUUUUUUUCUGGUUCAUAAUAUUCAGUGUUGUAGUAUAGUUAUACAUGUCUGGCAAAGACAAGUGUUAGGGAUAUCUUGGGGGCUACCACUGUAUACAUGCAGGCCUCAAAUGAAAUAUGGCCCCCAUAGCAGUCAAAUCCCUAGAAAACAGCCAUGAGCCCCCAUUCUAGGCCAGGGUCUUUCUUAGCUAAUCAUAAGACUAUGUUUAGGUCAUGUGGGGCAGUGUAGGGCCCUGAACUCUUCACAAUACCAAGGCAUCCUUGUUUGAAGACAAAAAUUUGGUGACUGCUUACAAAGGCUUUAAGACAACUGCACAGUGCUGAUAAACUCUUUCAGACAAGUAUAUUAUUGUACAUGAAAACUUGUUUGGGAACAUUUAGAGAUAACUGCUACAACACUACAAAUGCAUUAAUGAAUACUAAAUUAGGUACUUUGUAAUACCUCAAGAUGACCAGUACAAAAGGUCUGAGAAACAAAAGAGGAUAAAUACAACAAAAUUGAAUGGUUGAAAACAACUGAAUUAGUUACGGCCAAAGAAAACUUAUGAUGUUCUUUUUGUAAGGAAGCCUGUUGACUAGAUGAGUAGCCAAAUUGUGGCUAUUCACCUUUUUAAAUUAUAAUUUACCUACAUUUUAAAAGAGUUGCAGAGACAAAAUUAUUAAAUGCAUAUGUUGGGAGCUCUACCCUCUUAAACCUUUGUUGUAUUCAUUACUGAUUAUUUUUCCAUGUCAGUUGUAAUGCUUUAAAUAGUUUUUCAAUUUUUAGGUUGUGUUGAGUUCAGUCUUGGCAUGGAAGAUGGAAGAAUUCUAGACGCUGGAAUAAAUGCUUCGUCUUCUAGCACAGUAGCCAAGAAUGGCCGACUAAACUACACAUCAGGAUCAUCAUGGUGUGCAGGAACAAGUGACACUAAUCCAUAUCUACAGAUUGAUCUACAAACACUUCAUAUCAUCUGUGCUGUGUCUACUCAAGGGAAUUCGAAAGCAGAUCAGUGGGUGAAGAGUUACACACUGCAAUUAUCUACAGAUGGGACAACUUGGACAGACUAUACAGAAUUAGGUGGACAGGUUAAGGUGUAAAAUACAUUCUGUUUUGAAGCAUUACUUCAGAAACAACUAAGAUUUAGCAUGCAUUGACUUUAACAUUUAUAUCUAAUCCCCAUAAGCAUGCAGGAGGCAGUGACUAGUUCUUGCCCUAGCAAAUUAUUAAUUAACAAAUAGAGAAGCCUUGACUGAGCUCUGUUCUGUUAUAAAGCACGCAGGAAGCGGCUAGAACACGAAAGAAGUGUAGGGAGAAACACGAGACGUAGUCGAGUGUUUCUUCCCACUUCUUGAGCACUUCUUAACAGAGCACAGUCAAGGCUUCUCUAUUUGUUUUAUAAUAAAGAAUCCGUUAAAUUACCCAAGCAUUACUCUCAAUUUUCAAAACAAACUUUAUUUCCAAAGCGAACAACAAUGUCGUCAGCAUGCUCUAUACUCUCAUAAAGCACGCCACAAUAAGCCAAUCAGGAUCAUUGUUAGAAUGGUUCAAAUAAUCUGAUUGGCUGUACAAGACUAAAGCUGUCAAAAGUGUCAAACCAUCAAAGUUAAAAAACCAUCAAAGUUCACAUUUUACGAUAGUUUACAAACUAGAAUAGUUCGGCAAGUCGAAUUUAACACUUUUGCCUGAAGUUUUUAAUUCUCUAAUACAGAAUCUUGAAGUGAAAUGUUCAGUGAACUUCAGCCGAAUUAUGGCUCAUAAAAACACACGAGUUUUUUUCCACAUGACAAGGUAGAAAACAAACUGUUCAAGGCGAGUGUUUUUUGAAUGAACGAAUUCACCGGAACAUGAAGAUCGCUCGUGAUGAUAGCGCCGCAAAACUCGGCUGCAGUGACUGAUGUGAAUUGCCACUCAACGUAUCGUAAAGGAUAUCAGAGCAUGCUCUUUUUUUUUUUAUUCGAAGGGCGGCCGGUGUAGUUUCUGAGGCUUGCUUUACUGUGAUGAUCGGAGAUCGCCAUGAUGAGCGAGCCGCGAUGAACUUCAGCAUGAUCAUAUUCGCUCAGACACCGUCAUGAUUAGUAUGAGUUUUAACAAUUAUGCCAGUUUGGUUAUAUUUUUCAUCAUUUCUGUUUUGUUCUGUUUUGUUCUUGAACACUGAACUUUAUAUACUAUACGAGUGUUAGCUGUGUUUGAUUUUUAUUACCGUACGUAAGCUUGCAAUCUAACUGAGCGUGAAAAUCUUUAAAACUCGGAAUGUUUAUUUUGUUUUUCCUUUGAGGAUUUUCGUAUCUGCUCACGUUUUAAUAACGUAAAUUACGGCGCCUGGUAUGUUUACAAACCUUUGUUUGAUUCUUCUGUUGCUACUUGCCGGCUCGCUUCAGUUCCAAAAUUUCACUUUCAAUUAUCGGAAAAAAGCUAAAAAGAAGUCCCGGAAAAGGUCGAACAUAGUAAAAUUGGCAGAGGGCGUGACAGCUGUAGCUCAGCUCUAUGCUGGCUAACACUUCUUUUUCAUACAUGGCAAACCAAAUGCCAUUAUUUGUGAAUGAAAAUGAGUGUUGCUAGUCCUCAAUCAUCUACUUGUUGAAAAUGGGAAGAAUAGAUUGUCACUCAAAAUUAAUGAGGGUGCUUCGUUACUUGUGGUGACCAUGUCUUAAGAGCUCAAAGAUGUUUCCUUCCCCAUCUUCAUUUUUAUCUCUAUCAUACAAUUUUCAAGGUUUAACUCUUGGCCUUUAAGAGUACUAGCAUCUUUUUUCUGGUUACAAUAACGGAAAUGGUCAGAAGCUUUUUGUCGUGUAGCACCUUAGGGAAUGUAAAGAUAACAGUUUGAGGAAUGUGUCUACUGAUGUGAGGGUGUUAUAAAUGGGUUAAGAAGCAAAUGAUGAGAGAAAUUCAAAUGUUAUAAGCAGUAUGGAUAUCAUUAUCACUGCUAUUUUCAUGUGACUAUUGUUUUGUUUCUUUUAAGGUUCUGAUAGGAAAUGAUGACAAAAACUCAGAAGUAAAGCAUGUCGUUUAUGGAGUGUUGACUAGGUAUCUGCGAUUCCGGCCACAAACUCACCAGGGAGGGGUGUGUAUGAGAAUAGAGGUGUUUGGAGUGAAACAAAAGCCAAGUGAGUUUCAAAUUUAGUGUUCCAUGAUUGCUAUGAUCUGCUACUUUAAGGGCAUUCUAAGAUACUCUGGCUUAAUAUGUAGAGAAGGGUUUUAAACUUAAUACAUCUGUAGUUGUGUUCUUUUAAUAAUAUACACUGAGCUUUUUGGAUACAGUUAGUGGCUAAAAUGAAACAAACCACAUUGUAUAUAAAUUAUAGUCUGAUGGUACUGGAAUGGUUACAUGAUAACUUGGAAGUUGUAUGCUCAACAAUUUAUUGUCUCUAAUUUGCCAAAGAAACACCUUAAAUCACAAAGAAAGGAAAUGGCUGAUAGAAAAUGUUGAAUAUGAAUUUAUUUUUGGUACCUGAAAUUCCAUUUUAAACUCUUUAAAAUCUCUACUCUUUUGAUAUGUACAUUAUUAGAUUAAUUGUAAUUUUUGCAAUGUGAAACUCGAAUUAUUGGCUUUUAAAUGAUUGGGAUAAAUACCAACUAAGUUGAGGUAAUAUUUGAUGUUCAAAUGCUGUUAGAGUCAAUUGAGUAAUCAUUUCAAUUAAUAAGAAACUGUAUAAUUGUUUGUCUUGUGAUGUAGUCUCUUGAGAUGUAGAUCAUGGCAUUUGAACUGCUUACUGCUAGUAUCCAUCAGGCAACGGAGUCAACUGCUGAUUGGUUACCAUUUGUAUCACGGCACUCUUAUGUGAUGGGUGAAUUUUGAUCCCCAUUGUUCUGAUGACUGCUGGUUUUCUGAACCCCUCCUCAAGCAAAUAACCUGUGAUGCAGUUCAAGUCCACAGCGCUUUUGCCCUAUGUAAAAGGUGUAUCAGUGCCUCUUUGCCAUUGCCUACAAUGACAAGGCUUCCGCACAGUCUUAAAGUCCAACACGACACUGAGAUCACAUUUUCUCGUAUUUUUCCCUCACUCUUUUCUGUAUUUCUGCAAUAAUAUCCUACAUAUUUUUUAGAAGUGUAUUCAAUGAAUUACACAAAAAACAUACAUGUGAUAUUUAGGAUGGGAAGGUUAACUUUAUUAUUGUUAUCUUGCAGCAUGUGAUUCACAGGCAAUUGGUUUGGCCAGUGGUGGUAGAAUUCCAGAUAGCAGCUUCUCAGCCAGUUCAGUAUUUAGAGCCACAUAUGCAGCUAAAUAUGGUCGUCUUAAUGGGAGACGGGCAUGGGAACCUAAGACUAAUGAUCUUGAUGACUACCUACAAAUUGACCUUCUCUAUGAGUAUGUUAUCUGUGCUGUUGCUACUCAAGGAAAUCCACCAACCCAAUCAAUAGGGGCUCAAGAAUGGACCACAGAGUACAAACUGAGAUUUUCACUCAACGGUACCACCUUUCUCCCUUAUAAAGAAAACAAACUUGACAAGGUUGGUAUGGCAUGCUCAUAUAUACAAGUAUUUACAACAGCGAAAAUUAGUACUUGUGUUACAAAACUACUGAUUUUCAUUUUGCAAAUUACAGAUGUCAUUUUCCAAAUUCAAGUUGCAGGUUUUAAUUGAUCUCAUUUCACAAAUUACAGUAAACCAUUAACUAUGCCAAGUUUCAAUACGUUGAUAUCACUUUUUGUUUAACAGGCCUUUCCAGGAAAUUCAGGAAAAACUGACACAGUGAAAAACAGUCUAAAGGAAUUUGCAAGUGCAAAGUUUAUACGCUUUUUGCCAACAAAGUAUAAUAGGUUCAAGGUUUUGAGAGUGGAGGCUUAUGGAAUACUUUUCACUAAAGGUAUUUAUUUGUUCUCAUUUUUGUCUCUCUGAUACAAACUAUAGUCACAAUGACUAAUUAUUGGAGAAAUUAAGGUGAAAUUGGGCAAUUUACAGAACAGUAAUGAUUGUAGUUAUACAAAAAUAUAAGUGGCUCCCACAGCUUGCUUUUGGAAAAGAAAGAUACAGUUUAACUUUGUUACAUAUGUGGAGGGCUGGACUGCUGUACCAUAAGUUGCCACAUAUGAAUGGCAAAAUAAGUUCUGGACUGUUAAAUGAAGUGUUAUUCAGAUAUCAUUGAAAUAUUUCUUAUCAACUAUCAGCUAAGCAUGGAAACAUACAUUGUUCAUCUCUUUAUGUUUAUUUCAGUUCCAUCACAGCCUCCUACUGCCUUCAAGCUGAUUGCAACAUCUUCCAUCAGCAUUGCAACUUCCUGGCAGUUACCUCCAGUCUAUGCCAGACAUGCAACCAUUAUAGGGUUUAAAGUGUUUUACAAAAAGAAGGUUUUGGGUGUGUCAGUAACAAUCUUGACUAUAAGGGGGGAAUCAACAUUGAGUAAAAAUGUCACAGGGCUUGAUAAGUACGCAGAAUAUGAAUUUCAAGUCCUGGCUUUUACUUCUGAUGGUGAUGGACCAAAGAGUUCUGUCGAGGUGGAAAGGACAAUUGAAGAUGGUAUGUGACAGAUUAGAAGUUGAUUAGGCAACCAAAGGAAUGGAUAACCAUGCAGUUCAAAUCAAUUAUUUACUGUAUUGAAACUUUCAAAAUCUAAUAACAAUAAAUAUGAAUUGACAAGGGAAGAUUUUACAUCAAGUAGUUACAAUUUUUUUUGAAAAUGAGUAUACUGAUCAAAACACUGUCCAAUUGCAGUUCCUUCACAACCUCCAUCUAACUUCAUGGUCAAUGCAACCUCUUCUACCAGUGUUGGAGCAUCCUGGCAGUUACCAGCAGAAAAUUCUAGAAAUGGAAUAAUCAAAGGAUUUAAAUUGUUUUACAAAAAGAAAAGCUCUUCAGUGCCAGGAACCGUCCUUUCAAUCAAUAGUGAAUCGACGUUAAACAGAAAUGUCACUGGUCUUGAUAAGUACACAGAAUAUGAAUUUCAAGUGUUGGCCUUUACUUCUACUGGUGAUGGACCAAAGAGCUCUGUGGUUGUUAAGAGAACAAAAGAGGAUGGUAAGAGUUUUCAUUUGUUAUCUAAUAAAAGGCUAGAUAUGUGUUCUGAACAGUUGUUAAGAGAAUAUUGAAAAUAGAUAUGUAACCAGAGUUUUAUGAGGGGAAAGACCAUGACCUAAUUAUAUUAUACUAUUUCAACAUGCAUUGCAUCGUAAUUAGCAUUUAAAACAUGUCAAUUUACUCAUGAAAUUAUGCAUGUUGGUGGUUCUGAUUGUUUUUGCUAUUGGAAGCCUACCAUAUGCAUUUAGACCCCAAAGGUGCACCCUAUUUUGUAUAAGAGAUCAAUAGUAAUUUAUGGAUGAGGGUCCACGACUAUCAUUUUUUGGAACCUCAUCCAUUUUUAGAUCAAUUUUCUUCUCCAGCGUUUUGAGCAAUAGCGAUGAAAUGUUAUCAGAUUCCCUUUCUUUCGAAAAUUGUCUCAAAACAGAUUUCAUUGCAAUUGAAUUACCUUAUUUUGAACAAUAUGUUUGAAAGCGUGCCAGAAUUUAACAGGCUAAAUCAUGUACCAAAUACCAAUUUUUCUCAACAUUUGUAUAAUUAAGCACUCAGAAAGAUUUCUGCUUCAUGAUGAGGGAAAGGUGAUGAUGAUAUGAUAUCUUCAUUAUGUAAUAAAUAUGAAAUAGCUAUUAUUAUGAUUAUUAUCGUAACAUAAAUAUAUCCUCCUUGUUGUAGUUCCUUCAAAGCCUCCGAGUGGCUUUAAUCUGACUGCAUCCUCUUCUACUAGUAUUACAGCAUCUUGGCAGUUACCGCUAGAAAAUUCCAGAAAUGGAAUAAUCAAAGGAUUUAAAUUGUUUUAUCAAAAGAAAGGCUCUGCUGGGUCAGAAUUGAUGCGGCAUAUAACAGAUCAGGCAAAGCGCCUUGAAGAAGUCACUAGCCUUGACAAGUUCACAGAAUAUGAAUUUGAAAUACUGGCUUUCACUUCUGUUGGUGAUGGACCAAAGAGUUCCAUUUUAACUGAAAGAACAAAAGAAGAUGGUAAGACGUAGAAAAUUAAUAAUGUUUCCUACAUACUAGCUUGAAUUUCCUCCUAUAUGAACCUUUCUUUCUUUUCAUAAUAUUAAUAGAACAGCUGUUUUUAAGAAAACAUAGGAAGCUGGUAAGAAUUAUGAUCAGUGCAACGGUCUAUGCACUAGUGUUAACUACAAACCUACAGAUUCACAUAGUUACUUGUUGUAUUCAUCUUCGCAUCCAUCACACGUCAAGAAUUCUAUAUUUUUUUCAAAGUUUCUCAGACUUCGUAGUUUAGGUAGUGAAAACUCUGAUUUUUACGAAAAAUCAGAGGCAAUGUGCUAGAUUUUCGAUAAACAUGGCUAUCCUGUUUCUGUUGUUCUAGCGGGCGACCACUGUGCUCAACAAAUUGAUCGACAGGUAGCACUACAAAUGACUGAGAAGUAAAACACUGAUCGCAUUUUAUUCACUCUCACAUUUCACCCUCACAACCGCACGGUUAAAUCUAUCAUUCUUACAAACGUUAAAUGACUGGUACUAUCUUUACGCAACCUCCACUCUUCAUUCAAACUUGACAAAAACAUAGGUAACUUUUGGUCAGAAGUUCAUUUCAAACCGGUGACCAACCUGGAACUUUCAAAUGCGCUCAUUCACAAUGCAAAACUUGUCCUUUCAUUCAUAACGUGCAGAAAAUGUCGGAACCCAAGAGAUCCAUUAAGAUCACUGAUCCCUUUACGUUCCCCUCGCUACAAAAAAGUUAUACAUUGGUAAAACAGGGAGACGACAAGGUGACUGGUUACGAGAACACCUUCGCGACGUAGAGACAAACGACAAGGACGCAUCCAAACCAGUGGCUUGACACUUAAAUCUUAAGUAGCAUAUGGCAGUUUGCAGCCUUUCCCUACAUCUAGGCAGUUCGGAAAGCCGCAAAAAUCUAGAACAAAAAUUUAUCUUCCAAAUCGGUACUCUUAAUCCCCGUGGUAUUAACGAGCGCUUUUCAUUCAACUAAUUUACGCUUGUUUUCUCCUCACCAUAUUCCCACCAAUAGGGUAGCUCCAUUUUCUGCAUUUAAACCCACACACGACCCACAAUUCCGCCAAUCGCUCUGACAAAGGACUAACGCUAGGAACGUCAGCCUUUAAACUCUUAACGGUUGCCAAUUCACGUUAUCAACUCAGUUGAUCAUACCAAAUUACCCUAUAUAAAAAUGGUACUAGUAAUAUUUGUAUCUGGAUGUAUUUUUUCCCCAUCACGUGAUCAGUAUUAGGUGGAAGCUAUACAUACCUGUUAAACCAAGUAGUUCCCGUCAUAUGGUUAUGAUAUUUAGUGUAUCUUUUAAAUAUCCAAAAAAACUUUUUCUGGAAAAAUGCGACUGCAAUUUACUCCUAGUUUGAAAUAGUCUGUCUUGUUUGUAAUUUUCUCUCAAGUUGUUUAUAUCGGUACCAUAAAUCAAUUUACUUACUUGUGUACUGCAUAGGCCAAAAAUGGCUUUAGUUUCCCUCGUCAGUUUACAAAGCACUUCCAUGACUUCCUUUAACAAAAUACAAAUUCUAGGAUCAUUUCAGGGUGAACAAAAAUUUGAUGUUGAUACAACAAAUAUUUCAAACACACAACAGUAUUUCAGGUGUUCAUGGUUUCAAGAGUUUGACCGUAAAAUACUUGUUCCUGUCUAUAUAUGAACAUUUACGUAUAACUCAUUUGCUCUAAAUACGUUCAAUUUUAUAAUGAGUUAAUCUGAGAUAAGGUCAUUUAAUUGAAAAUCGGAGUGAAAAAACUCACUCAGAAACUUACAGUGCGGCCUUCAAAAUUGGAUAGUAAAAAAAUAUGAAAGCUGCAUUCAUCAAGUGACAUACUUUCCGAAGUUCUCCUUUCUGAUACAAGACCACUACAGGAGCGUCAAUUUUUGGCUUAACUCUUUUCACAUAAAUGAGAACUGAUAAACCGGCUUGUAGUGCUGUAAGAGCUAGUUCUAUGCAGCCACCUUGAAAUUGCCAGGUAAAAACGCUACAUAACGUUAAAAAUAGGUGGAGCAAAUAAAUGUUUGGAAGUGGGCUUCACGCCUUUGUCUGUCACACUCUUAAAUUUAUAAUACUCAGUCUGAUUCUUUUAUUGAAAAUGGCAAGUACAGCUUUUCUGCUCAAUUGCAGCUCCUUCACAAGCUCCCACAAAGUUCAGUAUCUCUGCAAGCUCCUCUACCAGUAUCACAGCAUCCUGGCUCUUACCACCUGUAAACUCUAGACAUGGCAUCAUCAAAGGGUUUAAAUUAUUCUACAAAAGGAAUGGCUCCUCCGAUUCGGCAACCUCCUUGAAUAUUCGUGGAGGAGCUACACAAAGUAAAAUUGUCACUGGACUUGAUAAAUACACAGAGUAUGAAUUACAGGUGUUGGCCUUUACCUCUGCUGGAGAUGGACCAAAGAGUCCCUCUCAGGUGGUGAGAACAAGAGAAGAUGGUAAGAAAUGGAAAUGAUCAUUUCUGUAAUUUUCAGGAGUUUCAGAGAUGCUUCAACCAUCAGUUUAAAGAAGUAUAGUAGUUCGUACCUUGACACUAAAAGAGAGGUUUAGAAGUGUAUCCUUCAUAAUAUAUCUCACACUAAAACAUGUGUGAAGACGAUACCCAAAUUACUUCUUGAAUGAUAUGUUUUUUUAAAUCCCGAGUAUUAUUUUUUGAAACAGCGUGCAGUUAUUGUUUAUUUGUUCACUCUUAAUUAGUGUUAACAUUUUCCUUUAUUCUGCCAGCGCCUGAUGCACCCACCUCCUUGUCAUAUACUGAUCUAUCACCAAGCAAAUCAUAUGGUCCAAGAAUAACCCUGACCUGGAGUGAGCCUGCAGAGCCAAAUGGAGUUAUCAGAAGUUACACUUUAUUUUAUAGUCACGAUGGAGUUGCACCAAGAGAGAUUUCUGGAAUAGGAAAAGAUGUAUUAACUCACACAGUCGAUGUGUUAGGUGGAGUGACUUAUCAAUUUGAUGUUCGAGCUGUUACUAUUAAACCUGGAAAAAAUGCCACGAAAACAUUAACUACCAAGGAAUACGGUAAAUUUACUUUCACAUCUUUGAAAUGACUUCUUUUCAGAAGAACAAGAACAAGAAUGAAAAAAUAUUUGUAAUAGUGUAGUUUGAUCGUCCGGGUGAGUGUAGUCCUGAGAAGGACUGUUGUCGGUAGUGGUCACUGACGUUUCGACAACCUGAGCGGAAGUCAUCAUCAGAGUCAAGAGUGACUUCCGCUCAGGUUGUCGAAACGUCAGUGACCACUACCGACAACAGUCCUUCUCAGGACUACACUCACCCGGACGAUCAAAGUGCACUAUUACAUGUUACCCCCGGGUUUCAACCAUUAACUUUAUAAUGUUAAUUUUACCAUACUAAAAUCAAUUCUUACAUAUUCUGUAAAUUCAAAAAACAGACAGUAGCUGGUCACCCAAAAUAACGUAAGGGCUAGUGGGGGACUCCUAUUUAUCAAUUGGAAUAAAGACAAAAGUAGGGAAAAGAGCUGCUACCAGCUCAAUUAUUUUUGCACGUGUCUUCAUUGAUAUUAUUACCUAUAAGUACAAAUAAUCUAAACAUUAUUCACAUACACUACUUUACAUAUAUGAAGUAAUAAAUAUAUCAGGAAAUAAGAUGAGAAUCGUUGAAAACGAGUAACUAGGUAUAGAUGACUGCCAUUUGCUGUGAAUCAAUUAACAAAAUGUCCUGUUCUUUGUUAGCUGAAGAUUAAAGCGAUCCUAAUUGUUCAACUAAUCACUACCGAGAAGGAAAUAUCUUAGAUUUUAGACUUUUGCAGGUACAUUUUUAGGUGACAAAGGUUCAACUGCGACUUAAGUUUAUGGUAAAUUCUUGUUAUUUUUCUUCACAUUGAGAUAAAUUAAUUCCCCUCUGUAAAUAGAAUAGAACCUCCUUUACCCUCUCUAGUGAACAAGCCCACUUUGAACAUUUCAUGCGAUAUGUUGAAUACAUGUAUUUUGGGACUGUGGUUGUGUAAUUUCGCGUCAGUUUAGCUUUUCAUCCUAGAGUAGUUUUAUACUAUUGAUUUUUUUUUUUUAUCAAAUAGAGCCCAGUCGUGGACCAGCAGACAUAUCUUCCUCUGCAGUGAGCUCUGAAAAAUUCAAUAUAACUUGGCUUGGACUACUAAGAGACGUAGCCUAUGGCAUUAUCAUAAACUAUGAAGUCAGGCUCAGUGUAGUAGAAAACUGUACAGAGAUCAAAUCUUUCUAUGAUUCAACCAUUAACACGACCACCACUUAUGUUAUCGUGACUGGACUCUCUUUGUGUGCCAAGUAUGAGGUGUCUGUUAGAGGCUACACUGCUGUGGGGCCUGGACCCUACAGCAACCCUGUAAUGGUGCAGACAUUGGGUAAGAAAGUCUGUGGGCAGCUGUAAUGAGGCAAUUUUUAGGGAGGAAGUAGAAUUGAAAGGCGGUAAAAAGUUGUAACAAAGUGUGGGAAACUCAGACAAAAUAUGUAGGUUUCGAGCGAAGGCAAGCGAUUAAAGAGUUCUUUGAGUGUGUGAUAAAAACGUACAUGUAACUUCAACAUUUUCCUCCAAAGCAAGAACUACUUCUGCUGUUGCUGCCACAACCUUACGACUGUUACAGGAUGGCUGCUAAUUGCGUCAGCUUUGUCCUUUUUUUUAUCUCAGUUAGUUUGUACAUGCAAUUGCAAAGGUCCACGGGCAAAAUAGGCUUACCUCCGCUGUUGUUUUCAAUGUUUUCAGCUUUGGAUGCCUACAAUUGGAAAAAUCAUUUUUUUUUUAUAUAUACACAUAAAGAACAUAGUGGUUUUCAAAGCCUGACUUAACAGAGCCUUCUUUCCCUUCUCCCCAGCUGUGGUUUGGUCUAAAGAAACGCCAUCUUCGCCUUCUUUUUCUGCAAAUUCAGAUGAAGAAGGAAUUUCAGUGAAAGUCACGCUUCCACGUUUUCCUGGAAAUGCGAGGUACGGUUGACUAUGCAAUUUCACGCUAGUUUUGGCUGUAUUCCUCUAUUACAAUAUUCAUGAUGUAAUACAAUGUUCAUUUUUACCUCGCAUGCGCAAGAGCGAGUUGUAGAUAAAGUGUGGAGAAUGGCAUUCGCUCGCUCGAUUGGUCGAUUCCUGUAAACUUUCUUUCGACUUUAGGCUUUUGAGUGCAUUUGAUACUUUUUGGCGAGCAAUAAACAAACGAAAUGUCGACCUUUGUAGUUAAGAAUAGUGGUGGGGUGAAAAAGAAGCCAAUGAUAAUCUUAAAAGAGUUUUUUUUUUCGUUUUAGUUUCAACAAGCGUUGCCAGCGACUGGCAGGCAUGCAAGGAUUCACACUGAAAUAACAGAACAACCUUCGUUUUUCAUAAAAUUGUAAUUUACAAUCCUUGAACUUGAAAACAAUCCCAAGAUUCAUUGAAAAUAUCACUUACUGCGAAGCGCUCGGGGUUUACAGAUGUUCAAAAGCUUUGUCAGUUAUGGCGUGAGAUUGAGGACAAAAUCGAUCAUUACGUUUCGUAUCGUGUGUUUCUCCUGUCUGAAGCAACAAAAGAUGCCGGCGACUGACGAAAUUACAAGUUAACACGAAAAUCAAAUAACACCUAAACAAACAAUUUUAGCUACCGAUUUUCAGUGAAUUCUUAAAGAACAAUUUUCUUUUGAGUUUCAAGACAACUUGAAGAUUCAAAAUAAAUAUGACGUACUAAAAUGCGAAAGUCAUACACCACAAAAUUGAUAAAUAGGCCUGAAAUGAAAUUCUAUCUUGUUCUUGAUUAUACGUUGCCUAGCACGUGACUAAAAUCUACCCAGGCGGAGAUCCAAAAUGACGGUGGCAGUCUUGGCUUAGUUAUAUCACUCAAAACUCGUUCCCGUUUGUCUCAUUUUAUAAAGAGGGAAUCGUUAAUGUUUUCAUUAUGACAGUACUGCCUUGAUUUUCCAACAUUUACUAUGAUAGACAGUAAAUUUCACUUUUCACCCUCAUUUACUUCCAACCUUUUCUUUUAAGCCAGAAACAAAAAUGAUAUCCGUUUAAAACACGUGACAUCAUCCACCCUUGUCAAAUGUAAUAGCAUGAUCAUUUCAAUUGUAAUGCCUUCUUAUCCCAACGUUACUUUGUUUCUUUGCUACAUUAGCAAACACUGAACUACUGCUCGUACUCUAGAUGUGACAAUCAACCACAAGAUUCCCUAAACCAGAUAACAUUAAACAUAAUCCAAAAAAUCAUGUGUCAAUUCACGAGUUUGCUCACAGAGCACUUUGAUCUUUUUUACGGUUAUAAUCAUGAGACAUCUUGUGCAUUGCUAUGUGCUGAUUCGAAAAAAAAUUUAAUUAACAAUCGACACUACAAGAUACUGUUUACAUAAAAAAUAUCGUGUGAUUUACCUUGCAGGUUUUUCCAAGUUAUCAUCAUUACAUACAGCUCAAACUAUACUGGUGCUGUUAACCUACCGGAAAGAUUUACAACACAAGACAUGAUGACGUAUGAAGAAGCGCACAAAUCUACCUUUCCUGCUGCUUAUGUCGCUUUUCAGUUUGGAGGAAAUGAUUUUGAUAAAAAUCGAGAAUUUGUUGUCGGAGAUGGAGCGGAAUCCAGCAGUAAAGAAAGGAGUAAGAGAAGUAGUGGUGAUCAGUUUUAUUACAACAAACCAUUGCAGCCGAAUACCAACUACAGAGUGUUCCUCAGGGCUUUUGACUCCGAGGUAUUCUAACAAAACGUUUGUCAUAAGAGAGGGAUGUCCUAUUAUUUCCAUGUAAGAACUGAGUGACAAAACUGACCCAUCUACGUACUCCGAAUCUGCACCCAGAUAUCUCAGGAACUUGAAUGAGUGAAUGCAGUGCAAUAACAGCAGCUUUUAAGAAGCUUGUAAUGCUCAAGAGGUCUGGGUCACUAUGCCAUACCAAAAUGCAGCAAAAGGUUGCAGAUGAGUAAUUUGUUUUUUAUGGUUAUAUUUUGCAGACGGUUUAUGUCUCUAGUAACUUUGUAAGCAUCGACACUAAAGGUAAUGUUUUUUUGUCUUGUUUUUGUUUUUUUGUUUUAUUUUUAUACUUUUCCUUUGUCAGAGGCAUCUAGCAUUCAGCAAUCAAAGUUAACUCAAUGUCGUCUGAUCUGUGAGCUUUUUUAUUAAUAUACGACUUUCAUGCUGUGUUAAUUGUCUUUCUUAGUUUGUAAGUUUCCAAUCAACCGAGGGGCUUUUAAAUUAUAUUUUGGUCGGUAAGGGAUAAGCUGCAAAGCCUUAGUGCUGUAUUUGUGCCUUGCUCUUUGUUAAGGAAAAAAUACUUUAUGUUUAUAAAAACUCAGGUAAACCUAUCAUCAAAGGUCUCCCAAAGACAACCAUUACAGAAAUUGGCGAACUGGCAGUGCUGACUUGUGAGGUUAGUGGAGACGCAAAGGCUUCUGUUACCUGGACCAAAGAUGGACUUGGCAGUAUACCUCGCGCUCAGUUCGAGAACAACAAGAAGAUACUCAUUAUAAGAGAUGUUGUUCCUGGUGACAGUGGCAUUUAUGAGUGUAAAGCAAUGAAUAUGUUUGGAGAGAGCCGUACAGCUACGAUAGUCAUUGUCGCUGGUAAGUAGAAAGUUUACUACUUUUGCAUUGAAUAUUGGGAAGCAAUAACAUUUUCAUUUCCUUUCAUGAAAUAAAUCUGUGAAGGAGUAAGUGUAUUUUUUUUUAUUAUUUUAAGUUAUAGAAAUUUGCCAACCUCUGCUUAAAGAAAUAACUAAUCAUGGUUCUUUAAAGCACCACGAUAAUCGCCAUUGCAACUAGUCUCAACCUUACCCCAACCACUUAUUACCAAGGUAUUGACGAAUUCGUGUGUGUACAGAGUACUAAACAGAUGUUAGAAAUUUGUAAUAGAGGGGUGCAAAAACUAAGGCAACACUCAUAACAACUAAACAAACCACCACUCAGCACCCAGACCAAAAAUAGGUCAUGUCCAGUGUUGCCACAUGUUUGUCACACCCCUGUUCCGUUGUCUUGUGCAUGAUUUUGUCUAAACUUGUUUUGUUAUCAUUACGUUUUCCUUUUUUUUCCACACAGUGCCACCUAGAAUUAUCGAAGAAAUUUCCCCUUCUUCAGUGAUGUGUGAAAAGCAAACUCCGUGUUUGCUCUCAUGUCAAGCAACAAGCUAUAUUCCGUUUAACUACUCUUGGACUAAAGAUGGCCAGGUUCCAACUGGUGAUGGCAUCAAGUUAAUGAAUAACAGUAUCAUUGUCACGCCACGGGAUGUACAAGAUUAUGGGCAGUAUGUGUGUCACGCUACAAACAGCUUUGGUUCAACAGAGUAUAAAAUCACUCUGCUUUCUCCUAGGGAUAAUGAAGAUGAUGGCGGUAAAUACCCUCAAAACGAUAAAUAUUCCUUAAUCUUUGAACGUGCUUAAAUGUUUUCUUCAUAGAAAUUUUGGAAAGCUUAGAACUUUGAAGUCCAGCGUGGAGUUUAUGGGCUUCCAGUUACUGUUGUCUGGUAUAACCAUUUAUGUAUCAAAAGCAAUAUUAGGUGGUGGUCUCAUACGCCGACGUUUUUCUGUGUGAAGUUAGAUUUUCUUUCUUUAAUUAGAAAGUUAUAAUAGUGUAAUUAUAGUGUAACCAUUCAAUAUAUCAUAAUUGGUCUAUUAGGUUGUAACUUAAUCAAAACAGAGCCAUAUGAACUAAGUUUAGAAAGGCUCAAAGCUAAAAUAUGUCUGUAUUUCUCCAAGACCACGAGACGAGGCAAAAAAAAGUUUGGAACUGGUUCAUGUUUCGGGGUUAAAAAACAAAGUCGUAUUCCUUAGGGUAAAUAUACUAAAAACAAAACAAAACAAAACAAAACAAAACCACAUCAUUGCAGUGAAACAAAGUAACUAAGCAGUCUUCAGUGUUUGAUAGUUGGUUUGAAAGCCGUUUGUUUUCUUUCACCAGAUGCUCAAAUCAUCGUCCUCGCUAGUGUAAUCGCAUUGUCUUGUAUUGUGGUCGUGUUGCUCAUUAUAAUUUGUGGGCUGAUAUGGCAGCGGAGACGAGCUGUUCCUAAUAGGAGGACACGAAGUAAAGAAAAAGUUGACUUUGAUGGCGUCAAAUCUUCACCUGACCAACAGCGACGUGAUCAGCACGCUUCAGACCCAGAUUUAUACAUGGAACUCAAACCUAGGCCUUCGAACCAGGAGUCUCAUGUUCCUACUGAGUAUCAGUCGUUACAGGAAGAACCCCAGAACCCCGGAUAUUACAAUGUGGUGCUUCAAAAAGAAAAUGGAGGGAAAAAAAAUGAAGAAGUGUAUGAGGAAUUAUUCUAAUCCCUCAACUAAUUUUGUAUCCUUGUAGUUCAGAUAGUCCAUCUUGUGUUAUAUACUAUGCUUAGUUAUAUGCGAAUGUUAAUUUGGUCUUCCUUACAUGUAUGAUCUAAUGGAAGACAGAUGUAUAGAUGACGUCACUAUUGCUUGUUAAUUGUAAAAACAAGUAGAUUCCAUGUUGCCGUGAGUCUGUUCUGUAAUAAGUCACAGAAGACGUCAAAGAUCAAUGCCAGACUCGACUGCGCUUCGUAUGCCACACUGUAGUUCUCACAACAUUUUGACGUCAUCUGUGAUCCAUAACAGAACAGACACACGCCAACAUGGAAUCUAAUUGUUAAGUAGAAGUGUUACUUUGGUUUGUGAAAGACUUUGUUCUUGUCUCGCUUAAAGAAACACUUAGCAAUUUGGCAAUGAAAUGCAUACGUCUGAAGUCUUCUCUUCCUCAUUAUCGUCAUGAUCACUCUUACAAUCGUAUUGUCGCAUAGUGUGCUGCUAUCUAACAUAGCUGUAAGGAAGAUAUACGAGAUACACUGGUAACACUAGCUUACUCAAUAGAUCCUUUUUGUUUUAAAGUAAGGCCUUAAAGACUUCUUCAACGUGCUGUAACCUUUAUUUGGUUCAUUUGAAAUUAUUUUCUCAUAUCUGUGUUAUAUUUUACAUGUAUCGGUGUAAUUAUAUCUUUUAUUAUUGAUGCACGUGAAAUGCUUUACGAUGGAAUCGCGUAUAGCCAGAUCUGAACAUUUAGUUAUAACCUCGAAUGAGAAGUAAAUGAAAUCCAUAACUUUGGGCGAGGUCCCCAAGCUAAACGAAACCUCUCACAAGACGAUGGCACAUGUACAUAAACUUACUUUUCUUGAUGAAUCCAUGUUAUCAGGUGAGAUUUAAUCUACAACAUCUUACACCGGUAGCAGCACGAGAAUUCGAAUUUAACUCAAAGUGUGCUCUGAACCAGCAGUAAAAAUAAAAGAAAUAAUUAUGCCAUUUUUUAAAGAGCUCCUAGAUGUAAACAUCGAAUAAAGCGUAAAAAUGUCCAAUUUUUUUUACCAGUACUGAAAGUCGUUCCUUAUAUUUUACCCCUUGAGGAGGGUUCUCUUUUCUGAGUCAUUUAUUGGACAUAAGGGACGUUUUCAUUAUAUUUUUAAGUAAAUUCUUCUUAACUGGAAAGACAAUAUAUUGCAAUUGAAAAAUGUUAAGCAACAGAGUGUUAUUGGUAGGUGUUGAAGAUAAGAGAAUGGAAGAUAGUACAAUAUUUUUGCUCCAUGAGAUAUUUUUAACUUAUAGAGUAUUUACUGACUGAAGAAAAUGCUUGGAGAAGUUUUUCCGAAGCAGUAACAUUUUAGUAAGCUUUUAAAAUGCAUAGAACUUGAGCAACAGAAUAGUUGUAGAUAAUGGAAU